AAAUCGAACCAAAAAGUCGAAAGUAUAUUGCGUGCGCAAAAGCAGAACAAAAACAAAGUUGAGAUUAAACAAACAGAUCAGUGUGUUUUCAACAAUAUUGGCAAUCUAUGGCUUCCUUCACCAAAUCACUCUUUCUUUUUCUAUUCAUUCAAUUCUGCUUCUCAAUUUUACCCUCAUCAUUUGCUCAAUCCCCUACCCCUGGGUCUUCCGAUGGGUACACUAUUUAUGGUCGAGUCAAGAUCCCUAGUUUUGGAACAAAAGAAUUCAGCCUUCCUGCAAAAGUUUCAAAUGUCAAAGUUAUACUUAAUGGUGGUCAAAGAGUUUCUUUUUUGAGGCCUGAUGGAUAUUUCUCAUUCCAUAAUGUGCCUGCAGGGACUCAUUUAAUUGAAGUGGCUGCAAAAGGCUAUUUCUUUUCUCCGGUACGAGUUGAUGUUAGUGCCAGAAACCCUGGCAAAAUUCAGGCAGCUCUGACAGAAAAUAGGAGGGGGCUCAGUGAGUUUGUCUUAGAGCCAUUGAAGGAGGAACAAUACUAUGAGAUUAGGGAGCCAUUCUCUAUCAUGUCCAUUGUGAAAAGUCCAAUGGGUCUGAUGAUGGGAUUUAUGCUGAUUGUUGUCUUCCUUAUGCCCAAAUUAAUGGAGAACAUGGAUCCAGAAGAAAUGAAACGUGCUCAAGAAGAAAUGAGAAAUCAAGGAGUUCCAUCUUUAGCAAGCUUGUUACCCGGUGCUGCAAGAAGCAACUAGUUCUAUACAAGUAAUGACGAGAACCAGCAAGCACAUUAGUUUUCCCGAGCAGAGGCUGAAGCUAUAUUGCUUACCGUGAUAGAGAAUUUUGUUAUAACAAGUUGGUGCUGAUAGAAAUCUGUGAUUGUAUACACUGUGGAAUGCUGAAUUUGAAUUUUCUAUAGGAAUGUUAGCAUGUUUAAUGUGAACACAUACAUGAAUAGGCUUCCUUGUAACUGCGCUCACUUUCUGUUCUUCAAUGUUGAUAACCAUGCACCACCAAUAUGGAUAUGGUUGAUUGUAGAAACUAUUUAUAAUUUCUUUAUUUGGUACCCAGGCUUUAAAAUUAUUUGGCUUA